UCUAGUUCAGAUUCUAGUUCAGAUUCAAAUUCAGGUUCUAGUUCAGGUUCUAGUUCUAGUUCAGGUUCUAGUUCAGAUUCUAGUUCAGAUUCAAGUUCAUGUUCUAGUUCAGGUUCUAUUUCAGGUUCUAAUUCAUGUUCUAGUUCAGGUUCAAGUUCAGCUUCUAGUUCAGGUUCUAGUUCAGGUUCAAGUUCAGCUUCUAGUUCAACUUCUAGUUCAGGUUCUAGUUCAGGUUCUAGUUCAGGUUCUAGUUCAGGUUCUAGUUCAGGUUCUAGUUCAGGUUCUAGUUCAGGUUCUAGUUCAGGUUCUAGUUCAGGUUCUAGUUCUAGUUCAGGUUCUAGUUCAGAUUCUAGUUCAGGUUCUAGUUCUAGUUCAGGUUCUAGUUCAGGUUCUAGUUCUAGUUCAGGUUCUAGUUCAGGUUCUAGUUCAGAUUCUAGUUCAGGUUCUAGUUCUAGUUCAGGUUCUAGUUCAGGUUCUAGUUCUAGUUCAGGUUCUAGUUCAGGUUCUAGUUCAGAUUCUAGUUCAGGUUCUAGUUCUAGUUCAGGUUCUAGUUCAGGUUCUAGUUCUAGUUCAGGUUCUAGUUCAGAUUCUAGUUCAGAU